AUGCAGGCUCUACGACGGCAGCCCGCAAUACCGUCGUUUUCCUCGCAUCGGUGUAGACACUAUUCGCCCAGAGCGUCCCCAUUCACCACUCUUCGACCCCAUGAUGAACGCGACCAAGGCAAUAUUCUUCGUCUCGUUAUGUUUGGCAAACCUGGUGCGGGCAAGGGUACCCUGUCAGCUCGACUGGUCAACAAGUAUGCCAUCGAAUCCCUCUCGACUGGAGACCUCCUCAGGCAACAAAUCGCUGAACGCACCGACAUCGGCCGACAAGCCGAGAGCAUUGUUGCCUCUGGCCAACUCGUUCCCGACGCGCUAAUGCUUGAAGUAGUCGCAAGCAAGCUGGCCAAGCUGCGGAACAAGCAUUGGAUUCUUGACGGCUUUCCGCGAACCGUGGCUCAGGGCGAAAUGCUCGAUGCCCAGCUCAAAAAACAGACCACGCCCCUCAGCCUGGUCAUCAAUUUGGACGUUCCCGACCACAUUAUCAUGCGCCGCAUCUCGGACCGGUGGAUUCACCUGCCCAGUGGUCGCGUUUACAAUCUUUCCUAUAACCCACCCAAGGUGGACGGCUUUGACGACGAGACUGGCGAGCCCCUCACAAAACGACCGGACGACAAUCCCGAAAUAUUUGCGCGACGACUAAAACAGUUUUACGCUUCAACUUCCCCGCUUUUGGAGUACUAUACCAAGGCUGCUGAGCGCCCGACACGUCUGAACCAGACGCUUCACCAACAACAUCCACAUCAACUUACUUUCCCUCCUACUCACAAGCUCUUGCUCAAAACCCUUUCGGGCACGACUUCGGAUGAAAUAUGGCCGCAACUCGAGAGUGUUAUCCGAACAGCCUUCCCUUCUCUCAAGGAACGUGCGGAAUCUCGUCUGCGACAUAGUCUUAGUGACGCAGUCCUCUCAGAGUCCAUAUCCUCACCCUCUCCUCUGACUUCUAGCAAGGCAUAG